AUGGCAUUUCGCCUUGCCACAGCGCAGUCAGUGAGCGACGAGGACGGCACCUUCAUCUGGAACGAGUGCUUCUGCCGUGGCAGCAAGUUGCAUGUGGCGGUGCUUCGCGGAAGCCUUCAGAGAGUGAAGGAGCUCCUACAAAACAAGCCCGACAAGCUCGCGCUGGUUCAGUCACGCUUCAGCUUCACUGAGUGCGGCAAGGAGGGUGAGGCGGAAGCCAUCCACAUCGGCGCCAGUCGAGGUCAUGUAGAGGUGGUGCAAUACCUCCUGGAGUGCCAAGCGCAGCCCAGCGCUAUGGUCUCGCUGGAAGGGCAGCCGCAGUACGAUGUGCUGCACGCUGCCGUGCUGGGCGAAGGCCGUGGCGGCUGCCAGGGCCCCGACUGGACGCGCGUGGACUUGGAUGGGAGGUGA